AUGGUCAAUUUAGCAGCAGGCUUGCUUUUUGGAAUCGCCAAUGCGUAUUUCGUGCCCGAUUGGGCCAACUUCUAUUCCAAGGGCCAGGUCGACGUCGUUGGUCUGUGUCCUAUCGACCUACCAUUGUCAUGUUCCAACUCCACUCCAAUUGAGAACACGUGCUGUUUCGAGAGUCCUAGCGGGUUGUUUGCUCAGACGCAAUUCUGGGACUACAAUCCAGCUGUUGGCGCAAACGAGACGUGGACGUUGCAUGGGCUCUGGCCCGACUUGUGUGGGGGUCUGUUCCAGCAGUUCUGCGAUAAGCCAUUGGAGAUCAGAAAGGGCGACUUGGAAAGAAUCAUCGUAGACGAGUUUGGCGACAAGGAUUUGUUUAAAUUGAUCCAGGAGAACUGGAAUAACCUCGGUGGAGAUGACGAGUCACUCUGGGUCCAUGAGUUCAACAAGCAUGGCACUUGUGUAAACACGAUUAAGCCCAAAUGUUACGGGCCAGACGGUAAAAAGAACCAAAACGUCUACGACUAUUUCAACCGUACCGUAUCAUUGUACACUCAAUAUCCUACGUUUGACUUCUUGGCAGACAAGGGUAUUGUGCCUUCUCUCACAGAGUCAUACACGUAUGAUCAGGUCUUGCAGGCGCUCACCGAAGGUUCCGGUAAAGAUAACGUGUUCUUCAAGUGUGACCGUAACAACGCCUUGCAAGAGGUCUACUAUUACCAUUAUUUGCAGGGCCCAUUCUCGACAGGUAACUUUGUUCAAAUCCCCUUCAAGGGCCAGUCCAGAUGUCCCCAGGAGGGAAUCCGGUUUUUCCCUAAGGGCGGUAAGAACCCACAACCUCGUCCACCUAAGGAUCCUUCAGGUAUGAGCGGCUACUUGAAGCCCAGUGGCCAUUCUGGCUGUCUCAUUUCCUCUGGUAACUACUACGAGAGUGGUACCUGUGCUAAGUUCAGAAUCGUGGCGCUGCAGUUCAAGGGCUACAACAUUCUUUCUUCGAAGGGUGUUUGUGCUAUUGACGAGCGUGGCGACUUUAGUUGUAACCACCAGAACAAGCCCUCAGAGUCUCAAUUUGGAUAUGAUAGUAGCAAGCGCACGAUUCUGUACGGCGGCAUAGACAAGUGGUGUUUGGAUGAAUCCAAUUCCUUUGGGCAUGGACGAUUCCAGCAGACACCCAUCAAGGUUUCCGAUGGAGAUUGCGAAUCCUUCUCUCUUAAGCUUGAUUGA